AUGGCAGAGGAACAAAGAAGGCAGAUAGAGCAAUUAAUGGGGAAGCAAUCACUGAUACGGCAUUAUCGAGAUCCUGAUAUGACUUCCCUUCAAACUUGUAAAGCAUAUAUAGUAGGAAUUUGUCCACAUGAUUUAUUUAUAGGAACUAAAUCAGAUUUAGGAAAAUGUCCUAAUUUACAUUUACAAAAACAUAAAUUAGAAUACGAGUACAAGACCAAGACAUUGAAUGAAAAAUAUCCCGAAAUGGAGUAUCAAUAUUUUCAAAUUUUACAAAAAUACGUUAGUGAUUUAGAUAGAACUAUAUCCAUUGCUCAAAAAAGAUUAGAACAUACACCAGAAGAAAAAAACAAAAUAUCUGAGGUAACAAAUAAACUAGACAAUCUAGAUAUAGAAAUAGGUUUAAUGAUUCAAGAAUUACAAUACCUUAUCAAAAGCACCACUUCAGAAACAGAUCAAAAUUUAAAAAUUAUCAAGCUUUCUAUAAAUUUAGAUUCAAAAUUUAAAGAAAGAGAAGAAGCAAGUAAAAAAGCAAGAUUUAUUUUUGAAAAUAUUGGUCAAACUUCUCAACAAAAAUUACAAGUUUGUGAAGGUUGUGGAGCUUAUUUAUCAAGAUUAGAUAAUGAUAGAAGAUUAGCUGAUCAUUUCGUUGGUAAAAUUCAUUUAGGGUACGUUCAAUUAAGACAAGCUUAUGAUGAAAUUAAAGGUAAUUAUCACAGAUAG